AUGGGAAACAAUAAAGCGAAUGGGGGCGCCAUUUACGGAGAAGACCAGGAAAACCUAGUGUAUAUCCCAGAACUACUGAACAUCGACGUAGAGAAAUUCUGGGGAGACAAAACAUUCGAAAUAUUUAACAAGGAAGAAAAUGUAAAAGAGUUGCACAAAAGGAAAUUUCCAGCCAUAUUUUUGUACUCCAAAACGUCAAGAACCAAACACACCAUCAUGUACUUCCACAGCAACUCCUGUGAUUUAGGACAAAUAUAUGACGAAAUGUGUCACUUGCAUGAACAUUUAAAAGCCAACAUACUCGCCAUAGAAUAUGUAGGGUUUGGGUUGUGUUAUUUGGAGGGAUUCCCUAAUCAGUACAACAUCAACAGAAGAGCCCUAGCUGCAUACAACUUUUUAAGGUCAUUAAAAUUAAAAAGUGAACAAAUCGUACUAUUCGGAAGAUCCAUAGGCACAGGGGUAGCUACAAAAUUAGGAUAUAAUUUAAAGUUACUUGGACAUCAAGUUGGAGGAAUUAUUUUACAUUCUCCAUAUGUGUCAAUCGAAAAAUUAGUAGAAGAAUAUGUUAGCUACUCCUCUUACAUCAUUGAAAAUAUAUACGACAAUUUUAAAAACUUGUCUAAGCUUAGUAACGGUUACGAUACUGACACUCCCCUUUUGCUUAUACAUGGGAAAGAGGAUGAAGUUAUUGGCGUCUCUCACUCCGAGUUCCUGAUGCAGAAUUUGAACAACAAGUUCAAGACGGCCUCCUACCCCGUGGACUCGUACCACAAUUAUUACUACGUCAUUGAUGACCUCGCCAUGCCUAGCAAGACCUUCCUACAAACCCAGAGCAAAUCGCGCCACGAGAACUGUGUGGACAUAAUCGUGCCCAAGUCUUUCUUCAAAAAAGGGCCCGAGACACACAAAACAGUAAGCGUAGGUGCAGCCGGGACACAACUGGAAACAGGAAAAAACAAAUCCGAAGGUACAUCUCCCGCACAAGACAUACAGGAAAAGAAAGAAAAAAAAAACAUAGCACAUAGUGAAGGGAAAAAGAAUUUCCUGAGUCCUCUGCCAACACAACGCAUCAAGGAAAACGACUCGAAGAAAAACGAGAAACAGUACAAGGAAAAAUGGGAAACGAAAAGUCAUAAGCAUGUCGUAGGCGUCACACCAGGAGGUGGAAAAGACAAAAUGGGGACCAUCCAAGAAUCCUUUUCCAAAAAUAGUGACAAAGAACAAGAGUCCAAAAAGGAACCCCCAAAACAUGGUAACAAGAUUGACAUAAUAAUAUCUGCGCUAAACGGUGAGGGAUUAAAAAAUUUGAAAAAAAAAGAGCAAAAACAUAGUGCAGAUUCUAAGGGUGCAUCUAGAAGAGGUCUGAGGGUCCCCAGGAGAGAGAACCUCAACGCAUCCGCACCCCCAUCGGUAUCCGCAUCAGCAUCUGUAUUAGCAUCCCCAUCAGCUUCCGCAUCAGCUUCCGUAUCAGCUUCCGUAUCAGCAUCUGUAUUAGCAUCCCCAUCAGAAUCUGCGUGUGCAUCGGAGAGUGCGAGUGAAAGGAAAGAGAAGAAAAAAAUAGCAACCUAUUCGAAAAAUAAAAAUGCGGAUUAUUGCAAGUCCCCAAAUGGGGAACACACAGGGGAGAUAGGGAAAAGGAAGUCUGGUGAUGAGGAACCAUUCCGAAAGGAAAUUAAAAAAAAGGAAAUGCGAGAUAAUAAAGAUACAUGUGACAGCACGAAUGAGAUUAAAUCUAAUGAAAAGACUUUAAGUGAUUCGAAGAAAUGCAAAGACGAAAAAAGCCGUCAGGAACACAAACCGGAUGGGCAGCAUAAGGAUGAUACUAUCUCCACAAUUGAUGAAGACGGGAAAAGAGAACACGCAUAA